CUUUUUUCCACAGGUAUUUCAGUUGCAAAGAAAAUACACAUUUUAUGUGUUUCAUCAAAGAAUUUGAUUGAAGAUUUUGUAGAAACAAAGAAUAAUCAAUUUGAACGAAAUAGAGAUGAUAUCACUGAUUCUACUGUCAACAAAAGAAUGAAAGAGGUGGAACAUUGUGAUGGAGACGGGGAUGAGUCGAGCAAGAAGAUGAAUAUCGUUAUAAUAGAGAAAAAUUAGGAAUAUAUAUUUUAUGUUAGCCUGAGAUUCAUUCCCGCUGGCUUUUCUUUGGUAGAUAGAGAGGACUUUGGUGGAGAGGAUUCCUAUGCCGAUUUAGGGCAGAAGUCAAGUAGGUUCCCCACGCCAAUCGUCGUCUCCCUCACUCUCUCUACUCUACCCAAAACCAGAGCCUCGGCUGAGCGAGAAAGAGAGCUGCAGGAACCAGCCAUUUCAUUCAUUCCACACCAUUACGCCCGAGUAUCAUGGGUGUGAUUAAGGCGGCGAUCGGCGAUGCGCUGUUGACCUUCAUGUGGGUGUUCUCCGCCUCCACACUCGGCAUCGGCACCUCCGCUGUAGCAUCCGCGCUCGGAGUCGUCCAUCCGAUGGCGUCUCUCUUCAUCACCACCGCUUUGCUAUUCGUCCUCCUGUUCGUUUUCGGCAUCCUCAGCGAUGUCCUAGGCGGCGCCAGCUUUAACCCCACGGGUAUUGCUGCGUUCUACGCUGCAGGCUUCGGGAGCGACUCUCUCGUCUCUGCUGCAGUCCGUUUCCCCGCUCAGGCUGCGGGUGCUGUUGGUGGAGCAAUUGCGAUAAUGGAAGUAAUCCCUUCACACUACAGGCACAUGGUUGGAGGGCCUUCUUUGAAGGUUGAUGUCCACACAGGAGCAAUUGCAGAGGGAGUGCUAACUUUCAUAAUGUCCUUUAUUGUUUUUGUUGUCCUCUUGAGGGGUCCUAAGAAUUCAUUUGUCAAGAAUUGGUUGCUUGCCAUAUCAACAGUCACCCUAGUCAUUAUUGGUUCUAGCUAUACAGGUCCUUCCAUGAAUCCUGCUAAUGCAUUUGGCUGGGCUUACACAAACAAUCUGCACAAUACAUGGGAGCAGUUUUACGUCUACUGGAUUUCCCCCUUCAUUGGAGCAAUCCUGGCAGCUUGGAUUUUCCGUGCUGUGUUUCCACCCCAGGUGAAGCCCAAGAAGCAGCCAAAGGCAAAGAAAAACUGAAAAGGUGGUUGAGUGUUAGACCGCGCCUCAAGAACUCUAUAUAUAUGAUGGCUAAGUGCACCUCUUGUAAGUGGGUUGUGUUUUACAAUCUUGUUUUAAUUUGAUUGAAUUAGAAUCUUCAUCCAAUAAAGAUUUUGCCGUUUGAUUGAAUCAAUCUACUACGUUUUU